AUGCAAGUCAGGAAGCCAACACGCUGGGCCAAGCCUGCAGCCAAAGGCAUGAAGCCCAUGAUCCACCGAAAGGAGACAAGGGACGUCUUCAAAGAUGGCUUUGAAGGCUGGGUUGCUAACAAGGACAAGAACCUCGACUUUAUGGAAAAGGUAGUCCGCCAGCAAUUGCAUGGCCGAUUUCAGUUUCAGUUUGCGUCGCAGCAUUUCUUCGAUCUUGCGCCUUUGUCUUCCGACAUGGCCCGAAGAAAGAGGGAUUUCGGCACUUUCAUGAACCAUGACUACGAUGACAUGUUCUACGUUCGCAAGUACCUGGAGCCUGCGAAGUUCAAGAAGCUGGCACUCGGAAACUGGGAGAUGCCGGAGCUUGCCACUAAAGUCGUCACCAUGCGGGAGCUUGUGGAUGCAGGAGUCCAGUAUGGCCACAAGUCGAACAAGUGGAAUCCGGCCAUGCUCAAGUAUCUCUUUGCCGACAACGAUGGCACGCACAUCUUCGAUCUCGUGCAGACUGCAGCCAACCUUAACCGAGCCUGCUACUAUGUUAUGGAGGCUGCCGCCAGAGGUGCUAAGUUCAUUCUCGUCGGAACGAAGGAGCAGGCGCGCCCCAUUGUGAGGAAGUAUGGUCAGGAAGCUGGCAUUCACUACACCGACAUGAAGUUUGUUGGUGGCUUGGUGAGCAACUUCCCGACGAUCCGCAAAUCUGUGGAACUCAUGAAGAAACUGCGGGAAGAGAAGGCGCAGGGCCGAUGGAAUGUCGGAAGCGAGUUCCAGCGAUUCCGAAAUACGUGCCAGCUGGAACGUCUUACCAGGAAGUACAGUGGCGUGGAGGAGAUGACCAGCUACCCGGACAUCUGCAUCUUUGUGGACGAGGCGAAAGAGCGAAAUCCCAUUGCUGAGAUGACUCGCAUUGGUGUGCCUUGCAUUGGCAUGGUCGACUCCAACAACGAGCCGAAGUUUGUGGACAUUGCCAUUCCCAGCAACACCUCGAACUCGAAGUCCAUCGACCUGGUCAUUGGAAAGAUCUGCGAGGCCAUCCAGAAGGGACAAAUGUUUCCUGAAUUUUCCCGAGAUUGGCACUUCCAGGAGUUCCCCAAGCAGUGGGAUCCCUGGAUCAUGAGCCGUGUCCGGUGCCCAGAAAAGAAGUCCAUGGAAGGGUCCUUGAAGCUGUCGCUCUAUGUCGCCAUGGACGUCACUUGUCGCCAUGGACGUCACUUGCGCAUGCUAGCGCUCGAAGGAUCGGAUUCGCUUCCUCCGACGUCGCUCAAAGCGGCAGGGCUGGAUGAAGGCCUGUCUAGGGUUUACGGUUUAGGCUAUAUAGGGUUUAGGGUUUAG